AGUGACACCGUGGACUAUCAUCUUGGAUUCCUUUCAGCUAUACGCGGCUAUCCAUUGAGGUGUAUCGACCGUUUGCAUUGAAAUCUUUUAACGACACCCCCGUUGUGGCUAGCUUUGUUCUGAUUACGAAGAGAAGAAAACACGCCCCUCAGCACCAAAGAAGAUGAGAACUAAUUGCUGUAAAUCUAACCAAAAUGACUGGGAGAACUUGGGAGAACAACCAUCAAAAGGUAAGGCAGUUUUCUUGAAACAGGGAGCUUGGAAUCAAGAUUGGGUGACCUCUGCCCUGCUGAAGACUGGACGAUGUGGAGCUGUCAUCAUCCAGAGUCUUACAUCUUCCUCGGAUAUUAUCUAAAAGAACCACCCUAUUUUCAGUAAAAGGUCGUUCAAGCUCGCAGACGAUUGCAAAGGAGUAAUUACGAGGCUACUACUAGCGGGAACUUCUCUGGCUUACUUGGCAAACAUUGCUGACCAUGUGAAAGAAGGUCCCUUUCAGUGAUUGACGCUGGUGGAUUAAUAGGUCAACAAAGAAGGACUAAGAAUGUAGACCCAAACCUAUUGGUCAGGACCCACUUUUAUUCCUGAAGACCCGAACGUGACGCCACACAGAUCAUCAUUACCGUUGGAUUGACCACUUACUACGGAACUUUGUGUUGCAACUUUGGAUAUGAAGCCAAUACAUUAACAUGCAAACAGGUUUGUUGAAGAACGGCAACAGUCAAUCACGAAACGGACAAACAUCUCAAGAGUCGAUGAGAUUGAAAGUCAACCCUCUCGAUGGAAUGAAAUCUGUGAUAAGUAGCCAUUAUCUGGAAGACAAAUAUUGUGACGAGACCAACAUUUGAAUCAACAUUUCAACCCAUCACUUGUGUGCUCUUCAAACAUUUCGAAUAAUAGGAACAAAUGGUAGCCAUGACUUCUUCUGUUGAUUCCAUUGUUGACCCUGCGAACCCCGGGGUCAUCGAGCCGCGUGACGUCAGCAUGGGGGCACGGUCUACGGACGAUGAGUGGUAUGGAGAAGAGAGACCAAAGACGAAACUAACCUUCGGCCUGCCCAUCUUAGUCGAGCAGCCAGCUAACACAUCAGAUGAAUGCACAAACGGGACCUGUUCGGAUAUGUCUCGAAAUGACAGCAAGGCGAGGUCGGUACGUCCUGGGAGGAAAUAUAAGCCCGCUCAAAUACAGCCGUUCGCAAAUGGACAUCAUCAUCAGAAUCAACAUCAGACUGGUGUUGGUGUCGGAAACAAGACGACAUCGUCCCCGUUAUCGUCACCGCGGAACUGGCAAACGUCGCUCCGAGAGGGAUCAAAUGCCAAUACUACGCCGUGGAACUCGAGCUUGGUCAGUCCGAAACUGCCAUCGUCUCCACGGAGUCCGCGGAGUCCGCGACUGCCGCGGCAGUUGCCGACUCUCACUCGGUCGGACUCGCAAAAAUCGUCCACUAAUUUGACGCAGGAUGUCGGGACAGGCGAUGAUGCAUACCGGAGAGAAAACACAACUGGACUCAAAAGGGAAGCUCCGGAUCAUGAUGGAGACAUACCGGUUAUCUCCGUCUCCCAUCACAUACCACUGCCGACGUCAUCCUCUCUGUUCCAGCAAAUAAUGACGGACUUCCACGAACGGCCGAGUGCCUCGCUCGAAACCAGGAGCCCUGGCGAUCUAAUGGUGAGGCGGUCUUCGUUAGCACGGACUACGCUCGGUUCUCCGCCACUCUUACAAGUCGAUAAGAUACCCGACGAGGUUUCCACAAUGAGCGAACUUGAGUUAGACAUUGAAUUAGCUGAUGUUCCAGGAAGCGAUGACGAUUGCGAUGGAGAAACGAACACGGGAGAGUCGAUCCUUCAUUCUAGCGGAAACACGAACCAUCAAAACAAUCAUACCAAUAAAGAUAAAGACAAGAAAUCUCUCUCCCAAGUCGAGUAUGUGGUUAAUAAAGCCAAUUGGGGUAAAAACAAUAUCAAAAAGACGUCACCGCGACGUCAUAUCAAAUUCCCAAUAGAGAGCAAACUUCCAACUUGUGCCAUUACCGGUGAUGACUUUACCGCAAAACCUGGUACACUGAUUACCGUUCCUACCAAAGAUAGUCUGCAGUCGACCGCGUCGGACGGAAACCGCGGACUGAGGACGCGGUCGCGGUUACGCUCUCGUGAUACGGCGACGUCGGUGAGCGGGGAUAGCCACACGGGUUCUUCUGAGGUGUCGGCAUCGUCACCGGAGCGGUCACCGAAGCCGAGGCGGAAGAUCAGCGACCAGUCUUUGAGGCAUCGUCCGAUCACCCCUGCUCGAAGCCACCACGAGCUUGAAUCGAGGAUUGACAUGAAGACAGCUGGUAACAUUAUCAGAUUCAUCACUGCAGCUGCGGCAUCCUCCACUGCCCCAGGUCUCAACCGCAAUCAACAGCUCCUCCCAUCCGACAUUCGCCUUCCCGUAGUCGACCCAAGCGGUCGCCUGCUCCAUCGUAACCGUGACGAGUCAAUGAGACUUGUGAAACAGGCAGUCGAUCUCACUGUGGAGAGCGAAGAGAAAUCGGACGUCUUCAGUUGGGACGAGCUUCGCGAUUGCCGCUAUUUAAGGACAAGAACAAAUCCUAAGGAGUCGAGACGGAACAGUCUGCUUGGCUUCAAUGAAGUUUAAACCCUUUGCGAGUGACGAUCGUUAUCCGGAUAUCAUGAAAUAAUAUGUUAAAUCAUGAGUCAGGAAUGAGCGGAUUCACUCCGACAAAACCGGUACCAGAUCGACAACAGACCGAACAUAAGAUUGCAUUACCCUAAAUUGCCGAGACCCGGUCGGUUUUGGAGUAUUUCGCAUCGGUUUCAAGGUGAAACCGGGGUAUUAACAUGAUAAGGAACUAAGAGUAUGGGCAACGUCGAUUUUUUUUCUGGAAUUAGAACAUCAGAAAGUUUGGAGCUUAAAAAUAAUGGAAUCUGCAGAACUUUCCAGCAAACCAAGCUAUUCUACCAUUUUGCCAAAACAGAACCUUUCCUGAAAUCGUACAAUUUUCGUAAAGCAGAAAUGUUCAAUAAAAGAUUCAAACAUAA